AUGAAACCUCCGUCCCUUCUUGGAAGCGCAUGUUUUCUCACCACCGCACUAGCCGCCUACGACCAAAACCGAGGCGGAGCCGUUCUCAAAGCCCCAGAUGGUGACUCUUUCACAUCUGUCACCGGCACUUUCACGGUUCCAUCCUUGGUAGGGACCGCGAAACUAUCCUUCUGGGUUGCAAUUGGGGAUUCCAUAAAGCAAGAUAUUGUUCUCAAAGGUGGCGUCAUCUUCGACAAGACCUACAGUUCCUUCGCGGCAUGGUUUCCGGAAAAUGCGACCGAUACCACCAGUGCAGCGCCUGCAAAAGCCAGCGACUCCAUCACUGUCACCGUCAGUCUUGAUUCUGACAGCUCCGGCACCGUCGUUGUCGAAAACACGACCCAGAAGAAGAAAUCAACGCAAUCGCUCAAGGCCCCAGCUAACAUCGACCCAUCUCGACUUACAGCGCUUACUGCUGAUUGGUUCGUGCAAGCGUAUCAAGCGAAUGGAGAGUUGGUGAAUGUCCCCAAAUUUGGAACGAUUGCGUUCACUGGUUGCAGUGCAAAGCUGAAAAGUGGCAAUGUCGUUGGGUCGACAGGUGCGGGUACGUUUGAGAUCCAGGGUACUUCUGGGCAGAUAUAUACGAAAACGACUGUGUCUGCUAAUGGUGUUUCACUUGCACGGACGUCAAUGUAG